AUUUGAACAAGAUCCGUGUGCAUCAGCGAGUUUGCUGAUUGUCGUCGGUUUGAUUGCGAAUUUUUUCUCUUGCUGUCGAAAUGGCUGCGAUACCCACUGUCAAAGAUGAAAAAGAAAAGCGGAAUGAGGCACUUGCCACUGCAAUUCUGAAGGAUAAGAUGAAGCCGAAUCGUCUGAUAGUUGACCAGAGUGACAAAGAUGACAACUCCAUUAUCGCCCUCAGCCAAGCAAAGAUGGACGAGCUGGCACUUUUCCGUGGAGAUACAGUUGUAUUGAAGGGAAAGAAGAGAAAGGAAACCGUUGCUAUAGUGCUUGCCGACGAUAACUGUCCCAACGAUAAGAUCAGAAUGAAUCGGGUUGUACGUCACAACUUACGCGUCCGGCUUGGGGAUGUCGUCAGCGUCACUGCCGCGCCAAACAUCGGCUACGGUAAACGAGUGCACGUGCUGCCACUGGACGACACUGUUGAAGGACUUACUGGCAACUUGUUCGAAGUUUUCUUGAAGCCCUACUUUGUUGAGGCGUACAGGCCUCUUCACAAAGGAGAUAUUUUCACUGUACAAGCAGCGAUGCGUACUGUCGAAUUCAAGGUGGUUGAAACGGAUCCAUCGCCGUCAUGCAUUGUUGCGCCGGAUACUGUAAUACAUUAUGAAGGUGAAGCGAUUAAGCGUGAGGAAGAAGAGGAAAAUAUGAAUGAUGUUGGAUACGACGAUAUUGGCGGCGUCCGAAAGCAACUGGCACAGAUCAAGGAAAUGGUCGAGCUUCCACUCCGUCAUCCUCAGUUGUUCAAAGCUAUCGGUAUCAAGCCACCCCGAGGCAUCCUGUUGUUUGGACCUCCUGGUACCGGUAAGACACUGAUAGCUAGAGCUGUUGCGAACGAAACUGGAGCGUUCUUCUUCCUUCUGAAUGGACCGGAAAUCAUGUCCAAAUUGGCUGGAGAAUCCGAAUCUAAUCUAAGAAAGGCAUUUGAGGAAUGCGAGAAGAACUCACCCGCUAUCUUGUUCAUUGACGAAAUUGACGCAAUCGCACCGAAACGUGAAAAGACUCACGGAGAAGUUGAGCGCCGUAUUGUCUCCCAGUUGCUCACUUUAAUGGACGGGCUCAAGCAAAGAUCUCAUGUAGUAGUUAUUGCAGCCACAAAUAGACCAAACUCCAUUGAUGCAGCUCUGAGACGGUUCGGUCGCUUUGACAGAGAAAUUGAUAUCGGUAUUCCUGACGCCGUCGGACGUCUUGAGGUGCUUCGCAUCCACACGAAGAACAUGAAGCUAGCUGACGACGUUGAUCUAGAGCAAAUCGCCAACGAGUGCCACGGCUACGUUGGCGCCGACUUGGCUUCUUUGUGCUCGGAGGCUGCCCUUCAACAAAUCCGAGAGAAAAUGGAGUUGAUCGAUCUCGAGGACGAGACCAUCGAUGCUGAAGUGUUGAACUCACUUGCUGUGACAAUGGAGAACUUUAGGUUUGCCAUGGGUAAAUCAUCUCCGUCUGCUCUGCGUGAGACCGUCGUUGAAACGCCCAACAUCACAUGGGACGAUAUCGGAGGUUUGCAAAAUGUCAAGAGAGAGCUGCAGGAGCUGGUACAGUACCCAGUCGAACAUCCGGAGAAGUAUGUCAAAUUUGGAAUGCAACCUUCCAGAGGUGUAUUGUUCUACGGUCCUCCGGGAUGCGGUAAAACGCUUUUGGCUAAGGCUAUAGCCCACGAAUGCCAGGCCAACUUCAUCUCUAUUAAGGGACCUGAACUUCUUACCAUGUGGUUUGGUGAAUCCGAAGCCAACGUCCGUGAUGUAUUCGACAAAGCUCGUGCUGCAGCGCCCUGUGUCUUGUUCUUUGACGAGUUGGAUUCAAUCGCGAAAGCUCGUGGAGGUACUGCUGGCGAUGCUGGAGGCGCAGCCGAUCGUGUAAUCAAUCAAAUCCUUACUGAAAUGGAUGGUAUGAACUCCAAGAAAAACGUUUUCAUCAUUGGAGCUACGAACAGACCAGACAUUAUCGAUUCCGCUAUCCUACGUCCAGGUCGUCUUGACCAACUGAUUUAUAUCCCACUUCCUGACGAGGCUUCGCGACUGCAGAUUUUCAAGGCCAAUCUUCGAAAAACGCCUGUAGCCAAAGAUGUUGAUAUGACAUUCCUGUCAAAGAGUACUGUUGGAUUCUCUGGUGCUGAUCUUACGGAAAUCUGCCAGAGGGCAUGCAAACUCGCUAUCCGAGAGUCGAUUGAGAAGGAGAUCAAGAUCGAGAAAGAUAGGCAAGAGCGACGCGCUCGUGGUGAAGAACUCAUGGAAGAUGAGGCUUACGAUCCAGUGCCAGAGAUCACUCGUGCCCACUUUGAAGAGGCCAUGAAGUUCGCUCGAAGAUCUGUCUCUGACAACGAUAUUAGAAAAUACGAGAUGUUCGCGCAAACCCUGCAACAGCAGAGAGGAUUUGGAAAUAACUUCAAAUUCCCUGGUGAGCAACCCAACCCCAACCAGCCAUCUGGAGUUCCUGUCGGAGGAAAUGAUGAUGAUGAUCUUUACAGUUAAAUUCUCUGUAAGCAAAACUUUUGUAACAACUUAAGUUAUUUAUGUCUUAUUCAUGUCCUCCAGUAAUAGCUCCUAAACCAUUUACUGUUUUACUUGAAGUUAUCGACUCUCUUCAUUCACAUUGUGCACUUUUUUUCUUAAAUUAGAGUCGAAGUAUCACCGAACGGGGCGUUCUAGAUACAUGGUGGUACAGAUGGUUGCAUGUGUUGUAAAUUAAAGUGUGCAGUUUUCUUUUAAUGAACUUUUUAACAUCGUUUGUUCUAUACUAACGCUGUUCUU